AAAAAAUAGGAAUAUGUGUAACAUAGACACAUUUCAAGCAAGUAAGUGUAGUAUUUUUAGUUGCCUAUAAAAUGAUAGCAUAUUAUAAUCUCAGAGUACAAAGUUUUGGAGAAAAUAGGUGAAGGCUCCUUCUCUGAGGUGUUAAGGUGUGAGCACAGGGCUACAAAUUCAUUUUAUGCUGCCAAAAGGUUAAAGAAAGAAUACAAAUCAGAAGGAUGUGUGGUGACUUGUGCAGAAGUUGUGGCGGCGAAAAAAGUGCCUUCUCACAUAAACAUUCUGAACAUGUUCGAGUACCAUUAGUAUGUUGCAAAGUCACCUUUAUAUUCGAAUUGAUGGACAUGAGCCUAUAUGAUUAUCUCAAAUCCAGAAGAAGGGGGCUUACAGAACGGAAGGCGAAAGAGUACCUGUACCAGCUACUGAGGGGCCUUGAGCACUUGCAUAGAAAUGGAUUAUUUCACAGAGACGUAAAGCCCGAAAAUGUAUUGGUAAAAUUUCCUUCUUUGGAACGCAGUCGCCUUACCAAAAUUCAAACCUAUGACAUAGUAAAGUUAGCUGAUCUCGGAUCUGUAAGGGGUAUUUAUAGUGUACCUCCUUAUACUGAAUAUAUUUCGACAAGAUGGUAUCGUUCGCCCGAAUGUCUUUUGACCAAUGGAAAUUAUGGUCCCAAAAUGGAUGUGUGGGCGACUGGCUGCGUAUUUUAUGAAAUGAUAACAUUGUCGCCCUUGUUUCCUGGCAGUAGUGAGAUAGACCAACUUGCGAAGAUUCAUCAAAUACUGGGCAGCCCAUCAGUACAAUUUUUAAACAAACUUAAGUCAAAGUCCAGAAAUUGCGUGUACUUUCCAAAAGUGAGGGGUUCAGGAGUUGAUCAGAUAUUGCCGCAUGUAACCCGGAACGGAAAAGAGAUUUUGCAGUAUACUAUUGAAUAUGAUCCAGACAAAAGGUCUAACGUCCGUAGAUUGUUAAAAAACGCCUAUUUCGAUGAAAUAAGGGGCCUGUUUGAACCUGUAAUGGAGGGCACCCAGCAACGGAAACACAAAUCUCACUGUCGCAGCCUUGAAAGGGUGGAGAGAGGCUUAGGUGACAAUGUUUCAAGCGUAUCGGCGGGAAAACCGAAAGUGUUCAGAAGAGAACCGUCCCAAAUUUCGAAGACUAAUAGUUCAAAAAGUAGCGCAGCGAGUUUAAAGUCGGUUAGAUCACGUACACCCUCUAUUGAAAUACCGUACUACACGCCAAGCAGCAAGUCACAGGUUAAGCAACAGAGGUUACCGUCUCUGCCCCUGGUCGACUUUAAAAUCUUUAAAGACGACAAGGGACCUACUUCGAGCAGCUCUAGUAAGAGCAAGAUGUCGAGUCGUGGACACAGUAAGAAAAAUUUAGAAAUUAUAUUAAAGUCUUCCAGAGAAAGAAAGAGUCAGUUGUCAUCAAAGUCGGAAGUUGUAGCUAGAAAAAGGGGGCACAAUGGUGGAACCGAUCAACACUGUGCUUGUUCAGGGAAGAAAUAUAAGUGAAUAAUUGAGAUGCCUUUUUUUAUUUUU